CACCUCGGGACCUGGAGGGAGGGGCAGCCCCACCCACCCGGUCCACCCGGAUAUGGACCCGCCCGGCCUGACAGGCUCACACGCACACUCCCUCUCUCGGUCUUCCGCACACGAUCCUGCGCCAGACGCUCCUACACAGUAACCUGGAAAUUAUCACCGGCGGAGCAAAGUCACAGCUCAGGGAGGCCCUCCGCGUUGUCUGGCGGAGGAGGGAAGUGGCAGGUGAUCCUCACAGCCCAGUUUUACUGAGGAAGAAACAGAAACUCAAAGAGGAGGAGCUGAUUCUGAACCAAGGCCUUCUGACUCCAAGUCCAGUGUUCUUGCUGCCUGAACUUCAGCUAUGACGUGUACAUGCAACCUUACCAUCCAGUGGGAAGAAGAAAAUACCAGAAUUAAGUCACUCUAGGAAAGCCAGCUGCCAUGACAUAAGGAUACUCAGGCCACCAAUGGACAGCCCAGGCAGGAGGCAUGAAGGUGUGCCAGCCACUGUGUCAGUCACCUUAUAAGCAGAUUUUCUGAGACCUGCUAACAGCCAUGUGAGUGACCUUGGAAGUAGGUUGUCACCAGUCAAGCCUUGAGAUGACUGCAGCUAUGACCCACAGCUUGACUACAACCCAGAGAGACACUGAGCCAGGAACACCCAGCUGAAGUGCCUCCAAACCCCGACCCACAGCGACUGUGAGAUAAUCAGUGUUUGUUGCCUUAAGCCACGAAGUUUGUGAUAAUUUGUUUCUCGGAAACAGAUAACUAAUACAGAGCAGGAAGCAGAUCGCCUCAGUGAAGGUCACACUGCAGCGCUAUUGAUUUCUAAAGACCCAUGUUACGUGAGGAAGCAGCUCAGAAGAGGAAACAAAAGGAGCCAGGCAUGGCUCUUCCUCAGGGACACUUGACUGUUAGGGAUGUGGCUAUAGAAUUCUCUUUGGAGGAGUGGAAAUGCCUGGACCCUACGCAGAGGGCUUUAUACAGGGCCGUGAUGUUGGAGAACUACAGGAACCUGCAUUCUGUGGAUAUCUCCUCCAAAUGCAUGAUGAAGAAGUUCUCGUCAACAGGGCAAGGCAAUACAGAAGUGGACACAGGGACAUUAGAAAGACAUGAAAGUCAUCACAUUGGAGAUUUUUGCUUCCAGAAAAUUGGGAAAGAUAUUCAUGACUUUGAGUUUCAAUGGCAAGAAGACAAAAGAAAUAGCCAUGAAGCAACUAUGACACAAAUCAAAAAGUUGACUGGUAGCACAGACAGAUAUGAUCGAAGGCAUCCUGGAAACAAGCCUAUUAAAGAUCAGCUUGGAUUAAGCUUUCAUUCGCAUCUUCCUGAACUCCACAUAUUUCAGACCGAAGGGAAAGUUGGUAAUCAAGUUGAGAAGUCUAUCAACGAUGCUUCCUCGGUUCUAACAUCCCAAAGAAUUUCUUCUAGGCCCAAAAUCCAUAUUUCUAAUAACUAUGAAAAUAAUUUCUUCCAUUCGUCAUUACUCACACAAAAACAGGAAGUACACUUGAGAGAAAAAUCUUUCCAAUGUAAUGAGAGUGGCAAAGCCUUUAAUUGUAGCUCACUCUUAAGGAAACAUCAGAUAAUCUAUUUAGGAGGGAAACAAUAUAAAUGUGAUGUAUGUGGCAAGGUCUUUAAUCAGAAGCGAUACCUUGCAUGCCAUCAUAGAUGUCACACUGGUGAGAAACCUUACAAGUGUAAUGAAUGUGGCAAGGUUUUUAAUCAACAAUCAAACCUUGCAAGUCAUCAUAGACUUCAUACUGGAGAGAAACCUUACAAAUGUGAAGAAUGUGACAAAGUUUUUAGUCACAAAUCAAAUCUUGAAAGACAUAGGAGAAUUCAUACUGGAGAGAAACCAUACAAAUGUAAGGUUUGUGACAAGGCUUUCAGGCGUGAUUCACACCUCACACAACACACUAGAAUUCACACUGGAGAGAAACCUUACAAGUGUAAUGAGUGUGGCAAAGCCUUUAGUGGGCAGUCAACACUUAUUCACUGUCAAGCAAUCCAUGGUAUAGGGAAACUUUAUAAAUGUAAUGAUUGUCACAAAGUCUUCAGUAAUGCUACAACCAUUGCAAACCAUUGGAGAAUCCAUAAUGAAGAGAGAUCUUACAAGUGUAAUAAAUGUGGCAAAUUUUUUAGACGUCGUUCAUAUCUCGUAGUUCAUUGGCGAACUCAUACUGGAGAGAAACCUUACAAGUGUAAUCAGUGUGGCAAGACCUUCAGUCAGACAUCAUCCCUUGUAUGCCAUCAUAGACUUCAUACUGGAGAGAAACCUUACAAGUGUAAUGAGUGUGGCAAGACCUUCCGUCACAAUUCAGCCCUUGUAAUUCAUAAGGCAAUUCAUACUGGAGAGAAACCUUACAAAUGUGAUGAUUUUGACGAGGCCUUCAGUCAAGCUUCAUCUCAUGCAAAACAUAGGAGAAUUCAUAUGGGAGAGAGACAUCACAAGUGUGAUGAUUGUGGCAAAGCCUUUACUUCACAUUCACAUCUCAUUAGACAUCAGAGAAUCCAUACCGGACAGAAAUCUUACAAACGUCAUAAGCGUGGCAAGGUCUUCAGUUAGAGGUCACUCCUUGCAAAACAUCAGAAAAUUCAUUCCUGAGAUAAUUGUUCCAAAUGCAAUGAGUAUAGCAAACCAUCAAGCAUUAAUUGACAUUAGAGUCAAUUCAGCAUUGACUUGAGUUUGAGUUGACUUGACAUUGAGUUCAAGCAUUAAUUGACAUUAGAGUGUUUACGUUAAGAGGAUUGGGCUGGGCAGGGUGGCUUACACCUGUAAUCCCAGCACUGUGGGAGGUCAAGAUGGAUAGAUCACUUGAGGUCAGGAGUUUGAGACCAGCCUGGCCAAAAGACGCGAGCCACUUUUCCUAGCCUGUUUUUUGUUUCUGAUAGGGAUUUUUAUGGGUAUUGUGUUGAAUCUAAAUCACAUUGGGUUAUAUAAUCAUUUAACAAUAUUAAUCUUUCCAAUCCAUCAAUAUGGGUCAUAUCUCUAUUUAUAUAUGUUUUUAAUCAUUUUGAUCAAUGUUUGUAGAUUUCAGGGUACAAACUUCUCACCUUUUUACGUUUAUUCCUAAAUAUUUCUUACUGUAAGUUCUCUAGCAAAUGGAAGUGUUUUCUUAAUUUUCUGUUAAAAUUGUUUAUUGUUAAUGUAUGGAAAUUUAACUAAUUUUUGGUACUAAUAUUGUAUUCUGCAAAUACACUGUGUUUAUUAGUUUCAG